AAUAAUCUCCUCCCUGGUUAAACUUUAACUGUCUUCCUUUCAACACUCAAUUGUAAUGAAGAACAGAAACGGUUACGAUACUGCCUGUUCUCAUCAAGGCCUCUGAUGGACCGUCACAACAUAACCUGCCAACACCCCAGCUUCUGCUACGACCGGCUGAUCAACAAAUGCGAUAGGUGUAGACAUAUGCAAAGAGGAUCCAGGAAAGAGACAACUACUGUAUUUGGAACAACCUCCAUUACAACCCAACCAGUGCAAGUUCAUCCUGGAAACCAACAUUGUUCAGCUUUAAUAUUCGUUUUCUGUGCUUUGGUGGUGCUAGUAAUCAUCAUGGCAACAUUAUGGCUUGUAAUCAUGAAACAAAGACGGAAGAGAAGGAGAAAAACUGGAAAGAAUUCCCAAGAAAACGGCAAGUGCAUUUGUUUUUUGGCCAAUGAAGCUCAAACAAACCAUGACUGCGGACCAGGAGACAAUGACCUUAGACAGCUUCGAUGCCCACAUUUAAAUGGUGUUACCAUGAUCACCCAUGAUGAUGUCUUAAAGGAGAAUAUGCCCUGUGUUGCACUCACAAGUCAGGAGGUUGACGUGAUUUCCUUGUCUCCCCAUGAUGAAAACUGCAACUCCUCAUUUCCAGUGCCAGCAACUGAACUUGGAGCAACUGUGCUGGUGACUACAAAGACCAUUCAGGAGAACAUCCUCAGUAAGGAAUUGCCAUAA